GCUGUAUCCUCCUUUUUCUCUCUUUCUCUCCGUGAAACCUUUCAGCAGCCGCUAGAUUUUCAAAGAGAGAAAGAGAGAAAUUAACAAUGGCGGACAAGGCAGUCACUAUCAGAACUCGCAAGUUCAUGACCAAUCGUCUCCUUUCCCGGAAGCAAUUCAUCAUCGAUGUUCUUCACCCCGGUCGUGCUAAUGUCUCCAAGGCUGAGUUGAAGGAGAAGUUGGCAAGGCUGUACGACGUGAAUGAUCCAAAUUCUAUUUUUGUGUUCAAAUUUCGUACUCAUUUUGGAGGUGGUAAAUCAACUGGAUUUGGCUUGAUUUACGAUUCUGUUGAGAGUGCGAAGAAGUAUGAGCCCAAGUACAGGCUGAUCAGGAAUGGAUUGGCCACCAAGGUUGAAAAAUCUAGGAAACAAAUGAAGGAACGAAAGAACAGGGCCAAGAAGAUCCGUGGUAUUAAGAAGACAAAAGCAGCUGAAGCUGGCAAGAAGAAGUAAGGAAUUAGUGAUGUUGAGGAUGUUGCAUACACUGGUGAAGCAGUUUUCUUUUUGGUGCUAUUGUUUUCAAUCUUCUCAAUGCUCAGUGUUCUUGCUUGUUUAACCCAAUCAGCUGUAGUAGCUAUAGCGAAGGAUUAUGAGACUUUUAGCUACAAGAUGUUAUAUUUUUUGUCAGGAGUUAUAUGAAAUUUUUGUCAGGUAAUGGAUGCAUCUUGAUGAAUUUAGCUUGACUUCCCUUGAAAGCAUAAUUUAGUGAUUUUUGGUUGUGUUA